CCGGAAGAGGAAACUGCAGCGUCACCUGGGCCCUGGCCCCAGCCUCGUGCUUUCUCCUUUACUCGGGCAUAAACCGGUGCUAGCGCCCGGGGGGGCGAUGCCAAGGCCUGGCCCGCCCCUCCAUGGGGAGCGUGCCCUCACUCAAGAUGGCGCCCAGCAGGCUUCACAUCUGGUACCGCGCUGAUUGGAGGAAGGUCUGAGGACUUCCGGGGGCUUGCAAGCCGACGGUGGGACAGCUGGGUUUCGCACGUGGGUUGUUGUUCGGAUUGGCGGGAUGGAGACGGUCCCCAAGCCGGCCAGGGGUGUCCCGCCCAAGAAGAACAAACUUCAAGUCAAGAGGAAGAAACCCCGGCGAUACUGGGAGGAAGAGACCGCCGCGAGCGCCCCGGGAGCCUCUCCAGGUCCUCCUCCUAACAAGAGGAAUCGCGAGCUCCGCCCGCAGAGGCCAAAGAACACUCAGGUCCAAAAGAAGUCUCGGGUCUCCAAGAAGCCCCAGGUCUCGAAGAAAUCCCGACAGCGGAAGAAUGCUGAGUCCCAGAAGAGCGUGUCUGGGGCCCAGGACCCUUUCCCAGGCCCCGCCCCCGUCCCUGUGGAGUUAGUGCAGAAGUUCCGUCGCAUUGACAAAUCCAAAAAGCUACCCCAUUCUAAGUCCAAAACCCAAAGCAGACUUGAGGUGGCUGAAGACCAAGAAGAGGAAACAAGUGUCAGAAAUGCUCGUUCUGAGCUGUUGCUUGCUGAGGAACCUGGGUUUCUGGAAGGAGAUGAUGGGGAGGACACAGCAAAGAUCCGUCAGGCCGACAUUGUGGAGGCUGUGGACAUUGCGAGUGCUGCCAAGCACUUUGACCUGAAUCUGCGGCAGUUUGGACCCUAUAGACUGCACUAUUCUCGAACUGGAAGACACCUGGCUUUUGGAGGGCGUCGGGGUCACGUGGCUGCCCUUGACUGGAUCACAAAGAAGCUCAUGUGUGAGAUCAACGUCAUGGAGGCAGUGCGGGACAUCCGGUGGGUGGCCUCUCUGUUGGCGGUGACCCACCUCCGAUCAGUGACAGCCGCAACGCUNNNNGUCGUCCGCCGCUGUGACCGAGUGACUCGGCUUGAGUUCCUGCCUUUCCACUUCCUCCUGGCUACCGCUUCCGAGACAGGGUUUCUGACCUACCUGGACGUGUCAGUGGGGAAGAUCGUGGCAGCUCUAAAUGCUCGGGCCGGUCGGCUGGACGUCAUGGCUCAGAAUCCUUACAAUGCUGUCAUCCACCUCGGACACAGCAACGAUUUUGUCAUCUCAGGGUUAGAAAUCCAUACCAACAGAUUAAUUAACCUCCUUUCUCUCUCCAGGUACAUGGCCACCUCUGGCCUGGACCACCAGCUGAAGAUCUUCGACCUGCGAGGGACAUUUCAGCCUCUGAGUGCUCGGACCCUGCCCCAGGGAGCGGGGCACCUGGCCUUCUCCCAGCGGGGACUGCUAGUUGCAGGAAUGGGUGACGUCGUGAACAUAUGGGCAGGGCAGGGCAAGGCCAGCCCCCCUUCCCUGGAGCAGCCCUACCUCACCCACCACCUCUCAGGCCAUGUGCACGGCCUUCAGUUCUGCCCCUUUGAGGAUGUGCUGGGGGUGGGGCACAGCGGCGGCAUCACCAGCAUGCUGGUCCCUGGAGCUGCUGAACCCAACUUCGAUGGCCUGGAGAGUAACCCUUACAGGAGCCAGAAGCAGCGCCAGGAGUGGGAGGUGAAGGCCCUGCUGGAGAAGGUACCUGCGGAGCUCAUCUGCUUGGACCCGCGAGCCCUGGCAGAGGUCGAUGUCAUCUCUUUGGAACAGGCAAAGAAGGAGCGGAUAGAGAGGCUGGGCUAUGACCCCGAUGCCAAAGCUCCCUUCCAGCCCAAGCCAAAGCACAAGGGCCGCAGCUCCACUGCGAGCCUGGUGAAGAGGAAGAGGAAGGUCCUGGACGAGGAGCACAGGGAAAAGGUCCGACAGAGCCUGCAGCAGCAGCAGCAGCAGCAACAGCAGCAGCAGAAGGAAGGGAAGACAAAGCCCAUGGGGGCCAGGCCAUCUGCCCUGGACAGAUUCGUGCGCUGAGCCAGGCUCUAGCCUGGCCUGGGGAAAAUCUCUCCCAAGAUCGCCUACAGGGAAGCAGCUGUUACCAACCAUGAGGGGGUGUUGUGUCCCCUUCCACAGCUGAGUGUGGACAGUGACCUCUGGGGCGGGUUAUUAAAGAGGAAAGGGUUAUUUUAAAUAA